GUCUUAGCCGUGCCGGGUCGUGUGGUGCUGAGCCGAGCCGAGCCGAGCUGAGCCGAGCCUUGGCAGGAUGCUGCGGUACCUGCUGAAGACGCUGCUGCAGAUGAACCUGUUCGCCGACUCGCUGGGGGCCGAAGGCUCCAACUCCUCCUCCUCACUCCUGCUCGGCAUCAACCGCUCCAUCGCUGCGCUCCACCUGCCCGAUCUCACCCCCGGUAAUGGGUCCCAGUCUCUGCUGGAGGACACGGCCCCCCGCAUCGUGGAGCACCCCACGGAUCUCCUGGUCUCCAAAGGGGAACCGGCCACGCUGAGCUGCAAGGCCGAGGGGCGCCCGGCCCCGGCCGUGGAGUGGUACAAAGACGGGGAGCGGGUGGAGACGGACCGGGAGGAUCCCCGCUCCCACCGCACCCUCCUGCCGGGAGGCUCCCUCUUCUUCCUCCGCAUCCUGCACGGGCGGCGGGGCAAGCCCGACGAGGGGGUCUAUGUUUGCGUGGCCAGGAAUUACCUGGGGGAGGCCACCAGCCGGAACGCUUCCCUGGCGGUGGCCGUGCUGCGGGACGAUUUUCGGCAGCCCCCCGGGGAUGUGGUGGUGGCGGCGGGAGAACCGGCCGUGCUGGAGUGUGUCCCGCCCCGCGGCCAUCCCGAGCCCAGCGUCUCCUGGAAGAAGAACGGAGUCCGGCUCAGCGACAAGGACGAGCACCUGACGAUCCGUGGAGGGAAGCUGAUGGUGGCCAGUACCCGCAAGAGCGACGCCGGUGUCUACGUCUGCGUGGCCACCAACGUGGUGGGGGAGAGGGACAGCGAGCCGGCCGAGCUGGUGGUCUUUGAGCGCCCGGCGUUCGGCAAGAGGCCCCUGAACCAGGCAGUGCUGGUGGAGGGGACGGCGGAGUUCGCCUGCGAGGCAGUGGGGGAUCCCCAGCCAGCGGCGCGGUGGCACAAGGAGGAGGGCGAGAUGCCACUGGGAAGGUGGGAGGUGCUGCCAGACAACACCCUGCGGAUCAGCCGGCUGCGAGCAGAGGACGAGGGCACCUACACCUGUGUGGCCGAUAACAGCGUGGGCAGGUCAGAGGCAUCCGGCACCCUCACUGUGCACGUGCCCCCCCAGCUCGUCACUGGGCCCCGCGACCAGGCUGUCACCCCUGGCCAGAGCGUGACCUUCCAGUGCCAGAGCAAGGGCAACCCACCGCCCGCUGUCUUCUGGCAGAAGGAGGGGAGCCAGACCCUGCUGUUCCCAGGCCAGCCCCCGCUCCCCUCCAGCCGUGUUUGGGUGAGCCCCGGAGGUGCCAUGACCAUCACCGAUGUCCAGCCCAGCGACGCCGGCCACUACCUGUGCCAGGCCAUCAGCGUGGCCGGCAGCGUCCUGGCCAGGGCACGCCUGGAGGUGAUGGGGGCACCCACCGAGCUCCACCCGCUGGUGGUCAGCCCCGUUCCCGCUAACCGGACGGUGCUGCCGGUGGGGGCCACGGCCCGGCUGCCUUGUGGGGUGUGGGGCGAUGACCCCCCGGGCAGCGUGGGGUGGCUGAAGGAUGGCAGUGCCCUGGUGGGUACCCAGUCCCGUGCCAGCCUGCUGGAGAACGGCACCCUGCAGAUCACUGGCCUCCGGGUGAGAGACUCUGGGCUCUAUGAGUGCGUGGCCACCAGCCCAGCGGGCGAGACACGCUGGGGCAGCUCCCUGGAGGUGCAAGGUGAUGAAUCUGACCUCUCCCCACCCUCCCCUGUGCCCGGAGUCCUCCCCGGGCCACCCUCCACCCCUGUGGUCACCAACAUCACCAAAAGCAGUGUCACCCUGAGCUGGAAAGCGAACAAGGACAGCGAUGCCACCCAUGUCACCUCCUACAUAGUGGAGGCUUUCAGCCAGGCAGCGGGUGGCCCGUGGCGGACGGUGGCAGCUGAUGUGGAGGGUGAGACCCACACGGUGAGCGGCCUCGUCCCUGACACCGUCUACCUGUUCCUGGUGCGGGCGGUCAACGCCUACGGGCUCAGUGACCCCAGCGGCGUCUCAGAGCCUGUGCGCACCCAAGCAGAUGCCAGCCCCACGCAGCAAGGGCUGGACCCCGAGCAGGUGCAGCGGGAGCUGGCCCAAGUGGCUGUGCACCUGCAGGAGCCCGUGGUGCUGCCGCUGGGCGCCGUCCGCCUCUCCUGGACCGUGGAGCGCCCAGCGCCCUUCCUUCAGGGUUACCGUGUGCUGUACCGGCGGCGUGGUGGGCGCUGGGAGGAGGCGCGGGCGGUGCGGGCGCCGGAGGAGCGGGGGGCCCUGCUCACCGAGCUGCGCCGGGGCCAGGACUACGAGAUCAAGGUCCGACCCUACUUCCGUCAGCUCCAGGGUCCAGACAGCGCCGUGCGCACUCUGCGCACCCCCGAGGCGGCCCCCAGCGCCCCUCCGCGAGCUGUCAGUGUGGCUGGGAAUGGCACCAGUGUCCGCAUCUCGUGGCAGCCACCACCACUGGCCGAGCAGAACGGCGUCAUCCGGGAUUACCGGAUUUGGUGCCUGGGCAACGAGAGCCGCUACCACAUCAACCAGAGCGUGGAGGGAACGGUGCUGGCGACAGUGCUGCGGGGACUGGUCCCCGGCGUCCCUUACCACGCCGAAGUCGCCGCCGCCACUGGCGCCGGUGUGGGUGCCCGCAGCGCCCCUGUCCCCAUCCGCGUCGCCCCCCUGGUGGAGCGGGAUGCGGAGCCAGCGGGCGGGAGCAGCAUGACCGAGCGCUUGGCUGAGGUGGCCAGGCAGCCAGCCUUCAUCGCCGGCGUCGGCAGCGCUUGCUGGGUCGUUCUCGCCGCCUUCGCCGCUUGGCUCUACAGCCGCCGCCGCAGGAAGAAGGAGCUCAGCCACUUCACCGCCUCCUUUGCCUACACACCCACCGUCGCCUUCCCGACUCCAGCGCGCGGCAGCCCCAGGGCAGCCGCCGGCAGUGGUUACCCGUGGCUGGCGGACGCGUGGCACGGUGGCGGCACAGCCAGUGCUGCGGGUUGCUUGGGCACCGCUGAGAGAUACUACAAUGACGCCGGCAUCACCCGUUACAUCGCCCAGACGGAGCAGUUUGGGGCAGGGGCCGGCGAGGGGCCGGUUUACAGCACCAUCGAGGCGGACAGUGAGGAGCUCUGCACCUUCCCCCGUCCCUUCUCGCAGUAUGGGACCCCCUAUCCCGGGGUGGGUCCUCAGCCAAUGGAUGCUGCAGCCGCCCAGGCACCCCGAGGAUGGGCUGAGCACGGGGCCAAAGCAAAGCUGGGGCAAGCGGUGAAACUGCCAGCGGUGAGUUGGACGGAGCUGCUGCCCCCUCCACCCUCGGCCAGCGAGCUCAGCCAGUGCACCCAGGAGAAGGAGGAGGAGGAGGAGGAAGAGGAGGAUGAAGAGGACGAGGCAGCCAGAGGGUUGGGGAUGGAGGUGUGGUACCCCGGUGAGGACAUCCCCUGUGCCACCGCUGCGUCCUCGCCCACCACCUCCUCCGGCUGCCGGUCCACCACCACGCUGACGCCAUCGCCCCGCACCACCGAGGACAUUCCCCGCCUCCGGGACUUCGACAGCUCCCGUCUGCCCCGGAGACCCCCCCACAGCGCCGGCACCCCCCCACAGGCACCCAGUCCCCCAGUGACUCCGGAUGCCAGCGAGGGCCACCCACCCCGAGCCCGCUGCCCCCCCGGCGCAGGGAAACACCGCGGAGCGGCCCCUAAAAGUCGCCUGAAGCCCAAAUGCAGCCGUUACUGCCGGGAAAAGCAGACGGGAGACCUGCCGCCGCCGCCGCUGCCGCCGCCGGGAGAGACCCGCGGCCCCUCUCCAGAGCGGGAGCCCAGCGGGGCCGAGCGCAGGGUCGCCCAUCGCCCGCCCCGCGGCGACGAGCUCGUCCCCUACAGCAAGCCCUCCUGCCUGCCCCGCGGGCAGGUGUCUGGCAGCUGCUCCACCACAGGCAGCGUCUCGUCCCGCGGCUCCGCCAGCUCCCGGGAGCACGGCUCGGGGCGCGGCCGGAUCCCGGCGGAGCGCGGCGAAGGGAGCGGCCAUCGCCGCCGCCCGGGGGCCACAUUGCCCGGCCCGUCGCAGGAGAAGCGAUAAAGUGGAGGGCAAGCCGGUGACAGGGUUGGGGACACGGAGGGACGUUCUUUAAUUUCUGGGUGGCGUCAUGUAAAUAGGGUUGCACAGAGCCAGCGGCCGGUGGGCGUCAGAGUGAGGGGGGACAGGGGUGCUCGGGGUGGGACAAGGAUAAUCACAAGGGAUGAGGACCCUGGGGAGGGACAAAGAUGCUCAGGGAAGGAGGAGGAUACUUGGGGAGGGAUGAGGACCCUUGGGACAAGGACGGUAGGGAAGCGCAAGGAUACAAUUCAGAGGAUUAGGAUGCUCAGGGAGACCAAGGACAGUCACGAGGAAUGAGGACCCUGGGAAGGGAUGAGGAUGCUCAGGAGGGACAAGGAAGAUGCUUGGGGAAGGAGGAGGAGCCUGGGGACAGAGGCAGUUGUUCAGAGAGGGAUGAGGACGUUGGGGAGGGAUGAGGAUGCUGGAGGGGGAUAAGAUUGAUGCUUAAGCAGGGCAAAGAUCUUGGGGACAAGGACAGUUUGGAGGAACAAGGAUGCUAGGAAAGGACAAGGACGACUGUGAGGGAUAAGGACGAUUGAAAUGGAUGGGGAUAGUUGGGAUGAGAUUACAAGGGAGGGACAAGGACACUGCAGAUGGUUUAGGGUGAUGGUGAGUGACAAGGAAGGCAGGGGGACAAGGAUGCCUGGGAGCAAGAGGACACAGGGAAAGGACAAGGUUGCUUGGGAAGGACAAGGACAGUAGUAAGGGAUGAGGAGGAUAGUUGCUGGGGGAUGAGGACAGUGGGAAGGGAUAAGGACACUUGGUGCAUAGGGCAAAAACAAUUAGAGAAGGAUGAGGACACUCAGGAGGGCUGAGGACCCUGGGAAUGAGGAUGAUUAGGAGAGACAAAGACACUCGGAGGAGGCACAGGUGGCUUGGGAAGGAUGAGGAUACUUGGGAGGGACAAGGAUGGUUGAGGUGGGACAAGGAUGCUGAGGAAGGACAUGGACUUUUAGAAAUGACAAGGACAGUUGGGAGAAAUGGGAAUGGUCAGCAGGCCUGGGGAUGGUCAGGGGGACAACCCUGGGGAAGGACAAGGACACUUGGGAUGGACAACAGUGCUUGGGCUGGACAAGGGUAGUUAGGGGGGAUGAGGGCACUGGGGAGGGACGAGGACACUUAGAGGGGAUGUGGACUCUUGGGAAGAAUGAGGAUGCUGGGGAGGAAUGAGGAAUUUGGGAAAGUAUGGGGACACUGAGGAGGGAUGGGGACACUGCGGAAGGACGGAACACUUGGGAAGGGCAAGGACACUGGAGAAGGAGGGACACCCACCCACCUUGGUGCCACCCACCCUUUGUGGGUGGCUUUUCCUAGUAAAGAGCCCCUUUUUGGGGAACUGCCUAAUAAAACUGGAUUUUAGCCGA